AUGAGCGACCAUGUCAGGCUGAGCAGCCAGGACUUCCAAAACGUUUACGAGUUUGGAUUCACUUCGUGGGCCGCGCUGGCUGGCCGCUCCAACGCGACCGCUUCUCACGCGUGCGUGAAUGACGCGCUCCGUCACCAACCCCCCUUUCCAGCCAACGUGCGUCUGACGAGCGAACACGGAUGGGCUUACGCUACUGGCACGUCUCACUGGGCCGGCGGAGGCGCAUGCGAUCUCGCUGCAUUUACCGCAAACGUGAAGCUUCAAGUCACGAGAAAGGAUCCGAUUUUGCUCUCUCUGGCCCCGGUAGAGGAUGGCCUCCCUUUCCCCCUCGGCGAGCACAGCUACGUGGCAGUGCUCGUGCUCGCCCGGGCAUAUGUUCUUUCCGCGCGCUGGGCUCAGGUCAUGCCUGUAGGCUGCGUCCAGUACACGGACAGCAGUGCCCCCUGCGCUGAAGACGCACCGGAGGGGGCCAUGGUCAUUGGUCUUGGGGACGCAAGUCCGAUAGAAGCCCGUUGGUGGGCUGCGGUCUUGGCACGAGGCCGUGGUUGGCAAGCCACUUUGGUUCUCGGGGACGAGACAUUCCUGUCACCGUGGACAACCGACUUGUGCCUGGCCCAGGAUUUUGCCAUCGCUACAGACUCUAGGCCUUGUGAGGCUCUCGGUACAGCACCUCCUUUCCCACGAGCCCUUGAGUAUCUGCAAAAGUUCUGCGCGUACCAUGACGUUUUUGACCAGAGUCGUGCUGCGCUGGCCGCCGCACUCCUGUUGCCUUGUUUCGGCAGCAGUCCGACGUUGCGACUACCAGCUGUGAGGGUUUGCUCCGAGUCAACAGGAAGCACCACUGCCCAGACAACCAACCUCCGAGCGUUGGAUAAUAUGCACCAAACUGCAUUCAUGGACAAAUGUCUAACACUAAGCUGCAAUGCAAGAGGGAUACGCUCAACCCUGCUGAGCCCUUUCUAUGAGCCUAGCAUAGAAUGCAAUGCUGUGACUCCGUGGCUUCAGGGGUCCCCGGCAGCCAUAAACUCUAUAGCAGGCAGUGACCGCCAGAUGCUUCUGGCAAUGAUGGCAGCUCGCUCGCCGGCUGCUGGGUGGCUGUGGCUUGGCGCCGUAGUUCUCGGCGUCGACGGGGCACUCUUGCACCAAGCCGCGGCAGGCCUCCUACCGGUAGACCUGACUUCCUCUGCAUGGUCGGGAACAGUUCAUUCCUUCAUGCAGGCACCCACUGCGAGAUUGAGUGGGAGAGAUGGCUCCGUGCCACGCGCUGACGAAUGCAGAAUACUGUUUCUUGCGCAGGCCAGACAGCACACGCGGUUUCCCGUCUGUCCUUGGGAACCAUUCGGAUCAACUCCACUUGUAGAUGCCCAUAUUCAAGUGCGCAAGCAUGUCCACUGCCAAGAUCACGGGCUCCGAUACGAAGGCUUCUCUUGGGAGUGUAUAGGCGGCAAUGCAUUUUGGCCACCACAGGAGGCUAGCGCUUCUGUGCGAAACGAAAGAGUUGCCAGCGUGGCGUCUCAAGCUGUUUCGUAUUCCAACAUGAAUCGUGACGAUGAAUGCAGCUCGGAGAAUGCAACGCGGAGUAUUUUUGGCUGGCUUCGUGUGGAUGGCUACGCACGCCACGAAAAGGCAAUAUGGGGUCAUGAAUGGUUCGCAUUGGGUUCAGACGACGACGACGAUGAGCAAGAAACCGACUCGACGAGCCAAACUAUGGAAAACACUAAUGUAUGGCCAUGGCUGUCCAGUGUACGGGCCGACGACGGUGCAGUGGUAGAGCAUUAG